CUGGAGACACAGAGCAACACUGAACUGGAGAGACUUAAGGGAAGAGGAACCAGAGACACCAAAAUGAAUCUGAAACUUCUUUUUUCCCCUGGAUUCCUUCUGCUGCUUAUUGCCAGUCAAAACCAGGCAGGAGCCAGGUCCAUUUCCAGCUUACAGAAUCUGGCCAAGUUGUUAAAUGAGGAGCUGGAGCAGCCCCCUGUCUCAGAAGAGAGGGACCAUGAGGAGGAUGAGCAGAUCCCAGCAGGAGUCUUUGAUCAGCAAGACACAGAACUCCAGUGGAUCCCAAACCCCAGGGACCAUCCCGAGAACGUUUCCAUGGGCGACGGCGCCAUCCAGAGAUUCUUCAGUGACCUCCUGAGCUUGUCCCGUAGAUACCAAGGCAGAAGAAAAAAGGGGCUCUCCAGGGGCUGUUUUGGUGUCAGACUAGACAGAAUUGGGUCACUGAGUGGACUGGGAUGCUGACUCUGCUAUGGUAAGAGAAAGGCAGAGGCUGCUGCUCUGUGUAUUCAUGUAUAACUUACAGAAAUAUGCAAAAAAGCAGCGUUAAUUCAGCUUCAAGAAAAUGGUGCCUUAAAGGAAGUUUUACUUUCCUAUCAGUUUAUUAUUUUACCUUCCUCAGAAUUCACUGAUGUAGACUUAAAACCUGUGAAUGCCACACCUCUGCUUUUCUUGCUUUCCCUCCUUCCUCUGAGUCAGCUGGAAGCAUUUCAUAUUGUAUCAGCAGAUGAGAGAGCUUUUUCACCAGCUCCACAGGGAUACUUGUUUCAAUCCAAACAAAUUCUGAGCAGAACAGUGGAGCUAAAUCUGCCACUAGAACAGUGAGAAACCAGUUAAUUUCUAUGUGUGAAAUGAUGGAUGCUUAUCUUUCUAUUACUUAUUCAUCUUUAUUGACAGGAUUGUGGUGUUUUAAAGCACCCCUUGCUUUCUACCUGAUGUACAAAUGCACACAGCUCUCCCCUGAAAUACCUGGCCAACAGAACACACCUUUGCUCUACUGCUUGUUUGUAUCAGAGUAGUUAUUUGUGAACAUCUAUCUGAAAAUUAAUUACAGAAAAUACAUUUGUACUGUUUGUUUGCUGAAUGUAUAAAUGAACAAGUCUCAUUAUAUCACAGGUAAUAAAUU